AACAUGCUUGUCUCGCCCAUACGCGUCCACAACCUACUGGCGGGCCUGUUGGACGAAGAUGGGCCGCAUACAGUGCUCCUAAUCACGCCCGCGGGGCAGCUCAUUGCUCAGGCGUCGCUCGACGACGAAGGGAGCGAGCCUAAUGGAACCAACAACACCGAGUCCGUCUCCGAGGCAAAUGAUGGAGACGAGGGAGAGGAGGAAGAUGGGGAGGACGGCUCGGGGAGCGACGAAGGGAGCGAAGAGGAAGAUGACGACGAACCAUACCUCGAAGGGCCGGAGCGGUUGCGGCUUCUCCUAGGGCUGGCGAGUCAGUGGGAGGACGACGAGAGUCCGCGCGUGGAGUGUGAGCUUGGACGCCUGUUCCUUCGCCCUAUCGGUCUCGAGGAGCCAGAGGUGCCGCCUCCCAACGCUGCAAUUCCCGCCGUUCGCCCCCCGCACAUCUCGAACUUCGUGCUCGUGCUCAAUGGGACCGCACAGACGCCUUGGGCAACACUAACCGCCAAGGCGGAUGAGUUCCUCUCGCAGUGGUAGACGCAUACUUAGAUAGAGGAGGAGGAUUGUACAGCGCAACCAUACCGUGUACCAUGUUCUGUCAUAUACUGCAUUCUAUUACAUACGCCAUGUCUAGCU